AUGGGCGAUGCGCAAUGCACAAUUGCUGUGGUUGGGCUAGGUGUUCUUGGCCUUGUGACGGUCAAGAAUUUGCUUGAGGAGGGCUUUGACGUUACUGGCUUCGACCGAGAGCCUUUUGUUGGCGGGUUGUGGCACUACACCGAAGACGACAGGACGUCGGUUCUCCCAACAGCCACUAUCAUCAAUAUCUCAAAAGAGCGGGGUUGCUUCACAGAUUUUCCUUUCCCAGAGGACACCCCGAGUCAUUGCACCGCUGGGCAUGUACAGCAAUAUCUCGAGAGCUACAUAGAACACUUCAAACUGGCUCCACACCUGCGGUUGAGUACCUCUGUCAAGCGAGUUAGCAGAGAUAAUGUGGCGAACAAAUGGGUAGUUGACAUUGACGGUGCCGGCUCGGAGUAUUUUGAUAAAGUGAUCAUCGCCACGGGUAUCAACAGCAGCCCCCAUGUCCCGAAGCUGGAGGGAGUCGAGGCUUUUGAAGGUAAGUGCCUCCACUCUCGGGCAUUCAAGAGGCCCGAGCAGUUCAAAGGUCAGAAGGUCGUUGUCGUCGGCCUGGGAAACACAGGUGCCGACACCUCUGUUAGUCUUGUGGGCCAAGCCGACAAGGUCUACCUUUCCCAUAACCACGGUGCUAUUAUCAUGCCCCGGACUGUUAACGGCGGAAUCCCCAUUGACCAUACUCUGACUUCCCGUAUGACCAAGAUUCAAAGCCUGUUGGAGUACUACCUUCCCUCAGUCUACGAAAUGGUGUUCAACGCAGCACUAAAGAAGAUACAAAACGCCAACUUCAAGCUCAAGCCAGAGUGGAAGGUCUAUCCCGCACCCUCCCUCAAGCAUGCCGUGCCGAUCAUCUCAGACAACCUGGUCGCAAACCUCGAGUCCGGCGCCGUGCAGUCCGUCGCGGGAAUCAAGCGCGUCGUCGGCCCGCACGAGCUCGAGCUCGACGACGGCACGCGCCUCGAGGGCAUCGACACCAUCAUCUGGGCAACCGGCUACCGGACCAGCUUCUCCGUCCUGGACCCGGAGGUCGACCCGACCAGGCACACGACGCCGCGCUGGGCCGCGGCCAAGGGAUCCCGCGGGAAGCCCCUGCCCCGGCUGUACCAGAACGUCAUCUCGCUCGACCACCCGGACUCGCUGGCCUUCAUGGGCUGCGGGGCCUUCGCCACGGGCGCCUUCCCCCUGAACGACGUGGCCUCGAUGGCGCUGGCGCAGGUCUGGAAGGGCGCCUCGCCGCUGCCGCCGCGCGGCGAGAUGGAGCGCGCGGUCGACAGGCAGCACGAGUUUGUCUGCGGCGUCGCCGAGUCCGGCAGCGCGGUGCCCGGGUGGGUGCGGCAGCACGAGUGGAUGGCGUGGGCGAACGCGGCCGCGGGCACGGGCGUGGACGAGUACCUCGGCUGGACGCUCGCGGGCUGGAAGUUCUGGUACCGCGACCGCGAGUUCUGCAGGCUGCUCGUCGACGGCAUCUACACGCCUCACCUGUUCAGGGUGUUCGAGACGGGGAAGCGGAAGACGUGGGAGGGCGCGAGGACCGAGAUCGAGAGGGUGAACCGAGCGGUUGCGGCGGCGAGGGCGGCGAGGGAUAAGAAGGCCAAGGCGAAGACUGUGUGA